AGUGGCUGCUGUCAGUCCAACUGCUGCAAACCCAGUUGCUGCCAGUCCAGCUGCUGCAAGCCCUGUUGCUGCCAGUCCAGCUGCUGCAAGCCCAGUUGCUGCUCCUCCGGCUGUGGACAGUCCUGCUCUUGGCUUCUGGAGCAGGGCGUGAAGCCCUCACACUCGCUCCCGCAGCCUUGUCUGUCUGAUCAGCCAGCCGAUGGCUCCCUGCAUCUGCUGCUCCAACAAGCCUGGCCCACGCCAAACCUCAACAAGGACAAGCAGCUGGUCUUCGAAGGGCCCCCACACUGCUGGACAUGGAAAACAGCUCUUGUGUGUGAGGAAGACCAAGGGUGA